AUGGAAGCGAUCCAGAAUAUUAUUACCAAACAUGACUGUAAUUUCACUGUAUUGUCGGGAAUGGACAACGCUGUGAAGAAUUUAUUCAACAGACUCCGGAUUUGUGUUCGCGUUGUCUGCUGUAUACCUAUAGACCAUAUUAUACCUUCAGAAAUUUUUCAAAAGAAAGCUGAUGUAUACCGCUUCAGGCAAGAACUGCCACAGACACGUGCAAGAGAACUUCGGUUCGAAAUGCUACCGAAAUCACGGACUAGUUUAAAGAACAAAAACAUAAACGAAAAUUCGAUUCAGACACUAAUAUCAAAAACUCAAAUAUCCAAAUCACAAUCCAGUUUAAAAGAUAAAAGAAGUAAAGAUUUUGAGAAUAAAACAAAGUCACUAAAACGUCGUUCGAUUUUAAAAGAUAGAAAAACAUUUGAGAGUUCCGAAAUAAAACCGAAAAUAGAUAAUCCAAUUUUAGAGAUUCCUGUGAAAAAACAACAAUUGAGUUUCCAAACUUCAGAAAAUAAAUUACAAAGCAAGAAGGCGAAGUGUCGGUUAUUCAAUUGCAGAAGUAAGAAAAAAUUGAAAAAGCCCGGUAAUGAAGCGAGUGGUUUAAACAAAUCAUUGAGGUGGAGAAUAAAAUCUAGUACUUCUGGGAAAAGUUCAGAAAAUGGGUCCAAAUGUGAUAAACAGGACAGCCGAAAAAAGAGUAAAAAAUCGAAAACAAAGAAAAAAGAUUGCAUACGAUUGAAGUUUGUUUGUUCAAACUCCAAUUCGCUAGCUUUGCAAUGCUCAGAUAAAAAGUGUGUGGGAGAUGGUCCUGCAACAGAAUUUAAUUGUCUAAAUCCAUUGAUAGACUACACUGAUGAUUUUAUUAUGGACUAUUUUAACUGUGAUAAUAAGAAAACCUUGCCGUAA